AUGACAGAGGCUGUCUUCAACAAGGAACGUCACAUUAAAUAUUACCUCCGCUGUCUCAAGACAUUCCUCCCCCACCAAUACACUUCCAACGACUCCAAUCGCAUGCUCCUCGCCUUCUUCACAAUCUCCGGACUGGAUAUUCUAGGCGUACUUGACAGCAAAACCACCGCCGAAGAACGUAAAGGGUACAUAGACUGGCUCUAUCACUGCCAGGCUCCAUCGGGGGGCUUCCGCGGGUUCACGGGAACAGAUUUUGGGAUUGACAAGCGCACUCCGGAGAACGAAGCUUGGGACCCGGCGAAUGUCCCGGCCACAUUCUUUGCGCUGGUAUUGCUACUCAUCCUGGGCGAUGACCUGUCGAGGGUGAAGCGAGUUGAAUGUCUUGAAUGGUUGCCCAAACUUCAACGCGAGGAUGGCAGUUUCGGAGAAGUGCUCGGCCCUGGGGAAGAGGUCAAGGGUGGUCGCGACUUGCGGUUUUGCUGCUGCGCAGCUGGAACGCGAUAUAUUCUUCGAGGAAGGAGCGGGCAAGGCCUUGAGGGUGUGAGCGAUAUUGAUGUGGGCAGGCUGGUGGAAUUCAUUCAGGCGUGCCAGACAUAUGAUGGGGGAAUGUCGGAAGCGCCCUUUUGUGAAUCCCACUCUGGUCUGACCUAUUGUGCCAUUGGCGCUCUAACCUUCCUUCGUCGUCUUUGCCCAGACCAGGAACACAUGGCGCUUCUUUCUCCCGGGAGCUGGGAAUUCGAACAUUUGCUCAAAUGGCUCGUCUCGAGACAGACGUCCGAUUUGGGUGAAGAGGAGGAGUCAGACGAAGAAGAUGAUGACUCCCCUGUACAGAUUGAUGGUUUACAAUAUGAUGCAGGCAACAGCAGACUAGAGGAGAGAGUCGACUUGCUUCCUAAUCUUCCCCCGCCAACAGAGGAAUCUCUGCAUUGGGCGGGUUUCAAUGGGCGAUGCAACAAAUAUGCCGAUACAUGUUACUCGCUUUGGAAUACGGGUACGCUCGUAAUGAUGGACCGACUAUCUCUUGUCGACCAGCAGCGCAACCGCCAAUAUCUGCUCGAGAAGACACAGCACAUUAUCGGCGGGUUUGGGAAAGGCAUUGGUGAGCUUCCAGUUCUCCCCUGGUUCAUCGUCAUCAUCAUAAGGGAGUUCUCGUCGAAGGACCUUCGAAGCGUUGGUAACUACACUCUUGGGAGGCUGAUUGGGAAAGGCUCCUUUGGCAAGGUUUAUCUUGCUUCCCACAAGCUCACCAAUGGCUCCAAGGUUGUGCUCAAAUCCUCCAGCAGGGAGGACACGAACCUGCCACGCGAGAUUCAUCACCAUCGCCAGUUCCUCCACCCGCAUAUCGCCCGUCUCUAUGAGGUUAUAGUGACAGAAAAGCUGGUUUGGCUGGUACUCGAAUACUGUCCAGGCGAUGAACUCUACAAUUACCUUCUCCGCCAUGGCCCCCUCCCAAUCGACAAAGCCAGGAGGAUAUUCACACAGCUAGUGGGCGCAGUCGCAUACGUGCAUAGCAGGUCAUGCGUUCAUCGCGAUCUCAAGUUGGAGAACAUCCUCCUCGACAAGCACGAGAACGUCAAGCUCUGCGAUUUCGGUUUCACGCGAGAGUAUGAAGGCAAGGCAAGCUACCUACAGACUUUCUGUGGUACGAUAUGCUAUAGUGCACCUGAGAUGCUGAAGGGCGAGAAGUAUGCCGGAGAGAAGGUGGACGUAUGGAGUUUAGGCAUCAUCCUGUAUGCGCUUCUCGCCGGGGAGCUGCCGUUCGACGAAGACGACGAUCAAGUCACCAAGAAGAGGAUUCUCACCGAAGAGCCAGUCUUCAACCAUAAAUUCCCCGACGAUGCCAAGGCCCUCAUCAACUUACUCCUGUCCAAGCGACCUCUGAUCCGCCCUAGCUUAGCCGAUAUACUGGCCCAUCCAUUCCUGGCAGAGCAUGCUCCGGAACAGCAAGCGAUCCUGAAGAUUCCUCGUCCAGCGCCUUUCUCGACACCCUUGGAAAAAACUACACUCCAGCGGAUGAAGAGUGCUGGUGUCAAUGUCGACGAGGUCAUGGAGAGCGUUCUUGCUCAACGAUGCGACCCGCUCGCCGGUUGGUGGGCUCUCUUGAUUGAGAAAGAGCAGCGCAAAGAGCUACGGAGGGAGCGCAAGCGACGGGAACGAGAGGCCGAAGCGAAGAACUUGCGGCGACUUAGCGCCGCUAGUAGCCGUUUGGAGAAGAUCUCAGCUGCACUUCUUGAAGUGGAUGAAGAAGGACAUACCUCUUCGGGCACAUUGCUUCACGAACGAGGAAGAAGGGACAGGCGCAGUCUGCCCUCUCAGCUCGCUGUCCCGGAGUUGCCAAUGCUCCCUGAGCCGAUUCCGAUGCAGUCUCCGGAUGUGACCACCCCGCCGCCGCCGCCCCCUCCCAUCGACAAAGACUCGAUCCGAUCAGGCAGCUCAACAAGACGUCGACCGGUACCCCCUCCAAAAGAUAGUACGCGACGGCCAAGCACUCUGCAUGCUAGUGCGUCGCAGCCGGAAUUGGCACAGCACAAUGGUAUCCUCCGGCGUCGAACUGGACGCCGUCAAUACCCGAUCAUCAGUCAGCUCGCAUCGCUGAAACAUUGGUUAAUGGAAUCUGCGAAGAGGGCAAAGUCUCCUCAUCCCAAAUCAGCAGGGGGAACGGGAGUGCAUCGCAAGUUCUUCUCCGACAGACUGAGUCCGGGGAAGGGGCAAGAAGCCGGGAAGAAACAAGCGCCAACCUCACCAGAUAUCCCCCCUUCAAGCGAUCUGGUGACUCCGACGCAAAUCAAGCGCGCAUCUAACGCCAGUAGCCUUGCGCCAAGCAACACCUCCUACUCCAACCAUCGUCAUUCAUAUCCGCGACAACCCCGGCCGCUGAGUACUGGCUAUCCGAGCCAUCGUAAUUCCCUCUCUCCGUCUCCUAUCACGCCAAGAGGCUCCUACAGACGAUCCUCCACGGGACUACGAGGCCGCAAAUCCACCUCGUCUUCUGUCUCCUCAAUCCGAAGUAUUCAUCAUACGCACACUCACUCCAAGGCGUCUUCUGUCUCCUCAAACAGCAUUGGAUCCACAUCGACCCCAACAGCUCGGCCCUCGAGAUCCCCGCACUCCUCGAUCAAAGUUCUUCCUACGACACCCAGCGCCUCUGCACGCUUUCCCAGUAACAUUCGUCUCGUACGGAAUGCAAACAAUGGAUUCCGUGAGGCGCACGAUGCGAACGGAAGGAUGCAAUCUGUUUUCAACGAAGUAGCACCCGCGCCGCUGCUCUACUCGCCAUCCAGCAGCCUUGUGUUUGCCAGACGCAAAAGAUCUGCGUUCAAAGGUCCUAUGAUACACACAGCAAAUCUCAUGGCCCCUGGUGGAUUGCCCGCACCGGAAUUCCCACACGACAAUGCUACGACGGAUCAGGCCCAUGAUCCAGGCAAGGCUCGGGCUGCAACGCGGAAAAGUCAAAUAAUUGAAGAAGAGGAGGAUAUGGCGGAGGAAGAUAUCGAGGAAGUAGAGACUUUUGACGGUCCAGAUGAGGAUCCAGGCUCGCCAGUGGACGCUAUCAUCAGGCCGGAAGAAGAGAGUAAACCUUUUGAAUGUUUCAGUGGUUCACCGGGCCAGUGUCAAAAGCCAUCGCUCGCCCCUGCGCCGGACAUCGACUCGAGCCCACUUCGGCCCCCUCGCUCUUCCUCCCUGAAAGCAUCGAGAGCAGACACAGCAGAUGCGCCAGCUUUGCGCGGCGAGGACAGCAAAACCGUUGUUGUCACUUCCACAAACGCUGUGGCUCCCUAG